GGGCGGAGAAGCGGUGGUGGCGGCAUGGCAGCGCGGCGGGCGUGAGCGCCGAUCCCGGCCCCGGUACCCGGCCCGCAGUGUUAGGCCAUCGCAGAGAGGCUUGGCCGGGCGAGUGAGCUGGGAAGGGGAGCAGGGCGGCCGGGUGAGGACAGCUCUGGUGGCCUCACACAUCUGCCUUUCCCUCGGGAGCAGGAGGCGGCUGGGGGAUGCCUCUGAAGGAGCUGCUGCCGCGUCCUUAAUUGCCGGUGACCGCUACUCGGCUCUGCGGAAACCUCAUCCCUGCGGACAGGCCACCUCGAGUCCCGCUGCCUGCAGACCGAGGCUGUGGCGGCCAACAUGGAUUUUCUCUUCAUCUGCCCCUUUCUGCUGGUGCUGCUGCUGUCCCGGGGCAGCUUCGCAGACCUGGAAAAACAGAAGGUGGACUCUGGCUUGGAAAUCUAUAAGAAGCUGUUUGAGGUGAAGCGCAAGGACCAGAUGAACGCACUGAAGAACCUGAUCGAGCUCAAUGAUGUCAACCAGCAGUACAAAAUCAUUGACAUCAUGCUCAAGGGACUCUUCAAAGUGCUGGAGGACUCCCGGGCUGUGCUCAUUGCUGCCGACGUGCCUCCUGACGGGCCUUUCCCUCAGGAUGAGAAGAUAAAGGAUGCGUACUCCCACGUGGUGGAGAACACCGCCUUCUUCGGGGAUGUCGUCCUGCGUUUCCCCAAGAUCGUGCACCACUACUUUGACCGCAACUCCAACUGGAACAGCCUCAUCCGCUGGGGCAUUGGCUUCUGCAACCUGACAGGCGUGUUCGAGCAGGGACCCCACUCCCAGGUCCUGGGGCUGAUGGCUCAGGAGCUGGGAAUCAGUGAGAAAUCACCUGAUUACCGCAAUCCCUUUAAAACGGACCACUCUGAGUUUUUCCCCAGUGCUGACACCUUCCAGAAGGCGCUGCGGGAAGAGGAGAAGCGGAGGAAGAAGGAGGAGAAGCGGAAGGAGAUACGCAAGGGCCCGCGCAUCUCCCGCUCGCAGUCGGAGCUGUAGCGUGCGGGGACUUGCACCUCGCGGCGGGGGCGACGCUGCUGGGAUGCGGAGUGGCUCACUCCCCCUCGGUGGCCUCGGGCCGGUGCCUGGUGGUCCCCUUUCCGUUUGUGCCAUGGGUUUCCUUUUGUUGCCUUUCCCUUUCAUUCGGUGGGGGCCGGGUGGCGGUGCCAGUGGGUUGCCCCAACAGGGCUGGGGGGAGCUGAAGUGGGGUACCCCUUCCCCAGAGCCAAAGCACAGACGGGAAGGCAGCGGGGCCAUCCCCUGGGCUGGUCAGGGUGCUGCCACCCAUGGAGGGGUAGGGCGAGGGGGACACACCGCGGCUGAGCCCCGCAGGGUGCCCAGGGAGCCCUCCCUUUCGCAGCACGCGGUGCCCUGUGAUGAACGUGCCUCCUCCAUCAUGGGUGGUCUGGGGAGCGUGUCACGCCAAACAGCCUCAUGAGCAAUGCUGCUUCUCUCAGUUUUGGUUUUUUUUUUUUUUUUUAAUUUCUUUUUUAAGCUGGUGAUCUCAUCGGCACCCCGCCACCCGGUUAUGCCUGGUCUCUGCCCAGCCGCUACCUCUGCUGGAUCAGCUCUCCCCUCUUUCCGGCCACUGUCUUACCAGGCAACAUGCAUUUCACCAGUCAGCCGUAGUUCGAAAGGCUGACGGUGCCGGUUCCCGGCCCAACGGUACCCCGCUCUCCUGGGUGGCUACCGCAGCGCAUCCCUGCGGGGAGGCAAACAUGCGGUGAAUUUUUGGGAAGGAGGGAUUUCAGCUCUUGUCCCUCUUUGCAGCCGGUGGGUGCCUGUAGCACAGGUACCGCUGAUGCUGAAGGUGCUGGGGAACCAGCCCCGAACCCCUGUGAGUGCAUCCUGCACCCCACACCCUGCCCACGCUGUCCUGCUCCCAUCCCUCCCCUGUGGGGCUGCUUCUCUCUAAUUUAGUCCCCCAAACUCUCUUCUUGGGGAGACAGCCAGCUACAGGCAGGUGGGGACAGCAGGGCUGAUGCCGGGAGGGAGCCAGCCCAUGGGCCGCGACCCUCUGUGGGGCGUCUGGGCUGCGGCGGGAGCAGAGGCAAGGGGCUGGUCCCAGGACCCGGCACAACCACCCUGCCUUUCCUCAUGGUUGCUGAUGAACUCACACCGGAGGAGGCUCUGGCAGAGGGCUUGUCCCCGAGAAGCGGGUGCUCUGUGCCGGGCUGGGGGCACUGCGGCCUUUGGGAAAGAGGAAAUGUCCUCAAUUUUUAACUGCGGAGCCAGGUCCGUCCGGCGGGGGGGGGAGGGUGACGAUGGGGACGUGUUUUGUUUUUCUUGAAUAAAAUGGACUUCUUUUUUUUUUUUUUUUAACGUAAAA